CUUCCUCUCCUCUAUGAGUAUCAGACAGCUCAUCUUCCUGGACCUGCUGCUGCGCCUUCUCUUUGAAUUCUACUGAUGAAAUGAGGGCUCAUCACAGUAGUAAUAAGAAACUGACGCUUCUGCAUCUCGUCUGCGCUGCUUCCUUCUUCUCUUUCCUAAUUUUCACCCUUCAAUCUUCCUUCUUCACAGGUGUCGGCAGUCGAAACUCAGAUCUCAACAGAGAACAAGUCCAGAUUUUAUCCGAAUUCCAGUCCACCGUUCAACAAUGCGUGGCAAACAGGGGACUUGGACUUACCGCUCAUAUCAUCAAUCACUGCAAUGUUACUCUUAAGUUCCCUAAUGGCACUAACAGCACCUGGUAUAAUGAGCAGUUUAAGAUUUUUGAACCAUUGGAGUACAACUAUGAUGUCUGUGAUGCCCUCCUGUUGUGGGAACAGUACCGUAACAUGACUACAGUUCUGACGAGAGAGUAUCUGGAUUCUCGCCCAGAUGGGUGGUUGGAUUAUGCAGCAAAAAGGAUAGCACAGCUGGGAGCUAAAAAGUGCUACAAUCGGACACUCUGUGAGGAACAUCUUAAUUUGAUUCUACCUGCGAAGCCUCCUUUCCAUCCACGCCAGUUCCGUAACUGUGCUGUUGUUGGCAACUCGGGUGACCUCUUAAAGACACAGUUUGGGAAAGAGAUUGAUAGUCAUGAUGCUGUUAUAAGAGACAAUGAGGCUCCUGUGAAUGAGAAAUAUGCCAAGUAUGUUGGUCUGAAGAGGGAUUUCCGCCUUGUAGUGCGUGGUGCUGCUCGAAACAUGGUUAAGAUUCUAAGUGGAUCUGAUGAUGAGGUACUCAUAAUCAAAAGUGUGAUACACAAAGACUUUAAUGAAAUGAUAAAGAGUAUUCCAAAUCCUGUUUAUCUCUUUCAAGGAAUUGUGCUACGCAGAGGUGCAAAAGGAACUGGAAUGAAAUCUAUAGAACUAGCACUUUCAAUGUGUGACAUUGUUGAUAUAUAUGGUUUCACUGUUGAUCCUGGUUACACUGAAUGGACACGUUACUUCUCUACACCUCGGAAGGGGCACAAUCCUCUUCAAGGAAGAGCAUACUACCAACUCCUGGAGUGCCUUGGUGUUAUUAGGAUUCAUUCUCCAAUGAGAGCCCAAAGGAAGCAAGACUGGUCAGACGUGCCAAGUAGAGAAAUGAUAAGUAGGGCUCAUGCUGCUGCUUUGCGAUUGAAGAGGGGUGAAACUGCUGCAGAUUUGGGGCAGUUUGGCAGUUGCAAAGUGUGGGGUGAUGUUGACUCUGAUAGUAGUGGGCCAAUUUCUGGAUCUUCAGACAUGAGUGACGUUAGGAAGAAGUCAAAUUACAACAAAUGGGAAACCAUGCCCUUUGAGAGUCUAAGGAAGGAAGCACAGGAUUUCUACAAACAAAUGGAAGGUGUUUCUCUAUACAAAAUGGAUGGCAACAGGUUGGAUGAUCUGGUGUGUGUCAGGCAUUCCCCUAAAUCUGAGGUAUAGUGUGUUGGUGUAACACAUCUGUGUUCUUCUAAACACUUUGACUGGGAGAAAAUCGUGUGUGGUAUCUGCCAUCACUUUGUUAUGGUGUUCUCAUUGAGCUGACGAUUUUCAGCAAGGCAUUCAUUAAAAUUACUUGGUUUGGCUCUUGUUCUCACUUUAACAAAGCAUGAAGAGUACUGGCCAGUCCCCCCAACAUGUAUCCUGGGCAGCGAAUUUGUGAUUACUUAUUCUUGUUUUAUAGAAGGGAUUAUUGGGAGAGGAUUACUUGAUACAGAAAAUGUGAUUAUAGUGUUUUUUGUUCUGCUCUGACUUCUGGGUUUAGGUGUUUGAUUAUAUAAACGGAUGGGAAGGGCAUUCCUAACAUCUGAAGAAAGCAUUUCUUGAACUGAAGUGGUGCAGCUGGAGGGUAUUGCCGAUUGGUAAUGUGACUACAGAAUAUAUUUUGUGAUCUCCUCCUACUCUGUCGUCAUUUUCUUAGUAACUUAGGAAGUAUUUAUUCAAUUUUUCAAGUACAUCUUAAACUCAUUGUUGUUUAUCAUUGAUUUUGUCAUAAUAUUACUGCUCAUUUUUUUGGUACAUCUGAUGAUUCGGUUAUAUAAAAAGGGAUAGUCUUC